UUGUAACGCUAUAGGCUGGAGGGAGGCAGCUGUUGCCAUUAUAUUAUCUGCCAGCUCAGAUACAUUAGCGGCAUCAACCUCCCUGCAAGACCAAUUAAAAGAAGAUGAUGAGUCGGUCGACACCAUCAUAAACACGAAACUGAAAAUAGAUUUGAAAAAGUUAAAUCAAUGGUACAGAAAAGUAGUAUGUCCAGGACGCCUUCGACCUCAACCCAGGAGAUCCAAAUGGACAUGUUCGACCAUCAUCCACACACACAGGGAAAGUACGCCAAGAGGAAGAGCCGAUUUAAGCGCUCAGAUGGAAGCACCUCCUCUGACACCACCUCCAACAGUUUUGUCCGACAGGGCUCUGCGGACUCCUACACCAGCCGGCCAUCGGACUCGGAUGUAUCGCUGGAAGAGGACCCCGAGGCCCUGAGGAAGGAGGCCGACAGGCAGGCCCUCGCCACACUCGAGAAAGCAAAGACCAAACCUGUGGCGUUUGCAGUGCGGACAAAUGUUGGCUACAACCCCGGCCCCAGUGAUGACGUUCCCGUGCAGGGCAUGGCCAUAUCUUUUGAAGCCAAAGACUUCUUGCACAUUAAAGAGAAGUACAAUAACGACUGGUGGAUCGGGCGCCUGGUGAAGGAGGGCUGCGAGGUGGGCUUCAUCCCCAGCCCGGUCAAACUGGAGAACACCCGACUGCUGCAGGAGCAGAGGAUGAGACAGAACCGACUCAGCUCGAGUAAAUCUGGAGGAAGCUCCAGUCUUGAUGUUGCCACGGGAACACGUAGGCCCACCCCACCCGGCACAGCUCACGUGGACAUGUCCACUGUGCCCUUUGACGUUGACCCCCUCGACCUGGACGCCGAGGAGCCCCCUGAGUUCCAGGGCGAUCCUCGCUCCCCCAAGGGCCAGUCAGGCAGCGUAACAUCCCCGCAGGCCAACGCCCACCGCCUGCCCUUCUUUAAGAAGAUGGAGCAUGUCCCUCCUUAUGACGUGGUUCCCUCCAUGAGACCCAUCAUCCUCGUGGGGCCGUCACUCAAAGGAUAUGAGGUGACAGAUAUGAUGCAGAAAGCGCUUUUUGACUUUUUGAAACACAAGUUUGAGGGCAGGAUAUCCAUCACGCGGGUAACGGCAGACAUCUCCCUGGCCAAACGUUCAGUCCUCAACAACCCCAGCAAACACACCAUCAUCGAGCGCUCCAACACCCGCUCAAGCCUGGCUGAGGUGCAGAGCGAGAUCGAGCGUAUCUUCGAGCUGGCCCGCACCCUCCAGCUGGUGGCGCUGGAUGCAGACACUAUAAACCACCCUACUCAGCUGGCAAAGACUUCCCUGGCCCCCAUUAUUGUCUAUAUCAAAAUAGCCUCACCAAAGGUCCUCCAGAGGCUCAUCAAAUCCAGGGGGAAGUCCCAGGCUAAACACCUAAAUGUGCAGAUGGUUGCAGCAGACAAGUUGGCCCAGUGCCCACCUGAGUUGUUUGACAUCAUACUGGACGAGAACCAGCUGGAAGACGCCUGCGAGCACCUGGCUGACUAUCUGGAGGCGUACUGGAAGGCAACACACCCCCCCAGCAGCAACCCUCCCAACCCUCUGCUCAACCGUACCAUGGCCACAGCCGCCCUGGCUGCCUCCCCCGAGCCUGUCUCCAACCUGCAGGGGCCGUACCUGGUGCACGGUGAGCAGAAGAGAGAGGGGCCACUAAAAGAGAGUGGAGGGAGCGACACCCUGCAUGACUAUCAGUCAGACCUGGGAGGAAAACCUCAGCAGCAGCAGCAGCAGCAAACAUACAUGCGCUCCUCUCGUGGUCAGCUGCGGGGAGGGAAUGGGCGGGGCCUGUCCAGGCAAGACACCUUCGACUCAGAGACCCAGGGCAGCCGGGACUCGGCCUACACUGAGGCCGGCGACUCCUGCAUGGACAUUGAAACCGACCCCUACGAAGAGCCUGAGCCUUACCGAGGCGGCGGUGGCAGUCGCCUCCACCUGGCACAGCAUCACGGCAGACAGGCCUCCUGGGAAGACGAGGGCGCCGAGCCGGACCAGGAGAACCUGAACCACCCUCCAAUGCCGAGCCAGACACAGUCGCACGGACGCGCCAAGCUGAGGGAGCGGUACUGCCAGGACCCUGUGGACACAGGGGCCAACAUUAGCCGCAACAAGAACCAGGACGACUGGGGGAGGGACGUCUACAUCCGCUGAAGGAAUCACACCACAACGGGAAGGAAGCUAAGGACAGACUGAGGGGAGACUGAAGUGUGACAGUCAGGCUAACAAAUUAAUCUGUUUACAUCCCACUACAAUGUAAAGAAAUACAUCAACUGCCAGAUGCCAUUCUCAUUGACUUAUUCUUGCAAUCCAAUUUAUUUAUGUUUAGAAAAAAUAAUAUUGGUCUGUUUUCUGUUCUUUUUGUUAAUACUGCAUGAAUUUCAUGGAUUUCUAAACUGACAGCACGAGGACAGUUACCGUUACGAUUGUGAAUCUAUGAUUGUGAUCCGUAUGACUCGACCUUUCGUUCAGUUGUAGAGUGAAAGCUGGUAUAGAGCUGUUGUAGUCUGUCAUUUCUGUCCUCUGCAGUCUUAAACAGGGUCUAAUGUCCCCAUCCCCAUGUACAGAGUCAGGGUUUCCCUUUCCCUUUAUCUCACUCAGUGCUGAAUCUCUCACCUCCACCUUCCUUAUCACCCAGACCUUAAAACGCUGGUGGAGAAGUUGCCAUAUUUUGACACAACGAUUUAUCAAUGUUGCUAUACUCCCAUGACAGCUGAAAAGAUAUCACUCCAAAGAUGUUUACUUCUUCCCUCAUAUGGUUCAGCCCCUCUACCCGUCUGACCCAGCCCCUCUGUUUCUGUUUCCCCUCUUCUUGUGGGUGCUGAGGGCCCCUGCAGUACUCAUCUGUUCUCUGUUUUUUUUUUUUUUUUUUUUUUUUUUUUAAACUUGGUGCAGAUUCAAAGCAGCACUGCAGUCGUUGUUUUGUGAACAGAGUGUCCUGCCUUAGUCACCCCCACCUUAAAAAAAAAAAAAAAAAAAAAAGCACCCUUAGUUCAAGAAAACUCCAAUCACAAGUGCCGGAAUGUCUCGCCAAGCCAUGUCCACCACUGCCAUGGUGGGAUGUCUUAACUAAUGUUUUCAUACCAUACUGUAUGUGUGUGUGUGUGUGUGUGUGUGUUUGUGUCUCGGCUACUCUGCGCUGUAGUACGUGCUAUUGCUCCUGCACUUUGCUCUUUUUUUUUUUUUUUUUGCUUCGUCGUCUGUUCUUCAGGGCUAAUGGUCAUUUAAAAAAAGUAUGUGUGUGUGGUUGAUCACUCCCAACUUCCACCUAAACGGCAAGCUCGUCUGAUAUUCAAUACACUCUCUUCUUAUCUCGAUUUCUGACUGAAUUAGUGUUCUUUUUUUUCUUCCUGUGGACAUUUGGCUGUUUUUUUGUUUUUCUUUGUUUCUUUUGUUUGUUUUUUUAAAAAGCUCCAGUUCUUGUGCGGUAGUGAAAGGAGUUUGAAGUGUGGGUGGUGGUGGUGGGGGGGGGGGUUAGGAUCAGCUUUGGUCUUUACUAAGAUAUCGAUAAUGGAGAAUCCAUGAAUGUCUAUGGUGGGCUGCUUUGGCCCGCCCCGUCUUCAGUUGAAUAAAUAAAUAUUAAAUAAUGAUCAGUAAAUAAUGUAUUGUUGCGUUAUCGCAAUUGUUAAAAGAUAUUAAAUAACAUGUAUCAUUGGUGCCUGAUUGUAGCUACAUUUUGCUUUUUCUGCCUUUCAUUUUUAAUCUGUGGAUAAAUUCGUAUUUUAAUUAAAAAUUAAUUCAGAAAA